GUUUUCCAAAAGGACACAUUUUAAUACCCCGCAGUCAUAUUCGGUCUCAUUGGCCAAUCACAUUGCGCUUUUAACAGAGAUGCGCCAUACAGUCUCUGCGCCCUGAUCUCCACUCUGGCUGGACAACUGUGGAGCUGCGACGCAACCACGCACAGGUCCAAAUGCGACACAACUCGCGCUUGGAUCGAGCUGACCGCUGAUUAGCUACGCCCAAACUUUUUUGUUUUGUUUGUCUGGACAAAUCUUUGGUAAAUAUAUGAGCCCGAUAGAAAUCAAUACAACAGGGACACGAAAAAUAGAUGGGACAACAAAAAUCGCGAGAACUUGAAUCUCUCCAGUUGUGUGCACAGUUCGGCUUUGCCAACUUUGGGCGCCAGCCCACCGAUCUGCCUCAGUCCUUGCCGGCGCAGCAGCAGCGGAGCAGGAGGCUGGAUGUGGCAGGAGACGGGUCACUGAGCUGAAGCGAGCCGGGUGCGAGUUUGCCAGUCUCCAACUCUCCAAUGUCACCGGACAGGAUGAUGAUCAUUGGACUUCUGCUCAAUGUCUUCUCUCAUGUAUCAGCCUCUCCUGCAGGUAGUGUGCCAGCAUCUGCAUCCUUUGACUGUUUGGUGGCGGAGCAGGGCUGCAUCCAAGAGCGCUCCUGCAUGGUGCUCUAUCGCCUGCUGGAGUACUGUGCAGCUGAGGAGGCCGUGUCACCACUUGGCCCAGAUGCCCGCCUGGAGUGCUUGGAAGCCCAGAACUCCUUGCAGCAUUACCACCCCCUUCAAGUUUGCAAGUGUCAGCGUGGCUCUCGCAGGGAAGAACACUGCCUCAGGGUCUACUGGACUGUGAGAUUUGCAGCAUAUGAUGAGUAUAACGUGUCACCAUAUGAGGAACUGAAAUUAAAUCUGGUGAGAAACAUUGAGAUGUCACGUAUGGCCUCCAUCAUGGCAGCUUCCUCUCUUUCUGUGGAUGGCCAAAACCAGUGUCUGAAGGCAGCCCAGGACUGUGGCCUGUAUGAGAAAUGUGGCUCCCUGCGGUCAGAAUAUGUUGUAGCCUGCACAAAGCGAGCAACAGCCUCUGACAACAGCUGUAACCGCCAGAAAUGCCACAAAGCCCUGCGGCGCUUCCUGGAGCGUGUGCCAGAGGAGUACAGCUUCUCUCUGCUCUUCUGUCCCUGCUCUGACACUCUUUGUGGGGAACGCCGGAGGAAAACCAUCGUCCCAUCAUGUUCCUAUGAGGAGAAUGGAAGAGGGGAGGAAAGAGUGGGAAAGCCCAACUGCCUCAGUCUGCAAAACUACUGCACCAGAGAUGAGCUGUGUAGAUCCAGACUUGCUGAUUUCCAACACAACUGCCAGCCCUCCCCUCUGUCUGCCUCAGGCUGUGUGCGAGAGAGCAGAGCCAUGUGCCUGAAGGCCUACGCUGGACUCAUAGGAACCAUCAUGACUCCCAACUAUGUGAGCAACAGCAGCACAGAAGUGUCCCAGUGGUGCACAUGUGAUGGCAGUGGGAACGAAUGGCAGGGCUGUCAGCGCAUCCUACAUAUGUUCAACAACAACUUAUGUCUGCGCAAAGCCAUCAGCUCCAUGGGAAUCUCCGCACCACCUCCUGUGGAAAACACACCCAUGCCAGCCUCUCAGCCAUCCCCACGCAUCUACCAGGAGAGGGUCCAUGUCAGCGUUAACACCCUCCCUGAAUUCAACAGUAUGGAGGACAGUGAGCAGGAGGAUCAGGAGGAGGACGAAAGCGAGGAAUUCAACGUCAUCCCACCAUAUUCCGAGAAGGACUCUAACACUGAACCAGGGGCUAGAGGGAGUAAACGGGGAGCAGCUGGUCGAGCAGUACCCGUGUGGCCAUUACUGCUGCUGCUGUCUGCACUCAUCCUGGACUGGGAGUGUUGGAGCUACUGAAACCGCCGUUCCAUUCUCUGCUCAUGUUUCACUCGCUACUGCUUUCAAAUCCAUUAGCACACUCAGAAUGAACCACCGAGGACAUUUGGAGGAAGAAAUGUUCGUUUUCUUUUUUUUCCUUCUGUUUUCCAUUUUUAUAUAGCCUGACUUUAUGUUGUGAUUCAGUUUCUAGUUUCUAGUUGAUUCAGUUGCUAUCACUGCCUCCUCAAGAGUUAAAAGAUAUCAGUACUCCUGUGGUAUCUGCCAUGUCUUUGCUCGAGUCCUCUCCUAUGAAGCGAACAACGUGAGCGGAUAUAUGAGUGCUCGGGUGAAUUUAGAAAUGCUGUCUGGGCAAAUACCCUAUCUAGAGCCUGCUUCACACUCAAAGUACAUCCCCUCUUAUAACAAGAAGCACAUUGCCCAAGGCCACAUCCACUAUACACGCUACCAAAAACCAUAACCAGUCUACUCUACUGCAACCAGGCCUGAGCACAGCUUUUGAUUUCUAUUUCAUGACUCGUGUCACAUCCGUUUCUCUGUUGCCCCUCUGGCUCUUUCUCUUCCCUCCUUCAUACUUUGGUUGAGUAAGAUAAUCCACUUUACAACAAGCUAAUAAGAAACUGCACCACACUUAAACUGCUUUGUAUUAGUGUUUGAAUUUUUUGAACUGCCUCAUUUAAGAAGCUGAUAAGAAGUGAACCAAUAUGUUGUCACAUUAUGUCAUGAGAGAGCUUAUGCCUUUUCAACCUUUGGUUCUUUUCACUUUAUGCACUAUAAAGCAGAGAGGAACAGUCACUCUGCUUAGCCACUUUUGUCAACAUGCCUCUUAGUAUUAUUAUUAUUAUUUUUAUCAGGGUGAAUGGCUGAGAAUUCAGCCACGGUCUCCAGUAAUGAAAUCAAAUUCUGUUGUAGAAAUGAUGAGCAGAGAAAAGCAACAUGAGCAAUUAUCGCACAAUUCAAAUUGCACAGCAGGGAAAGUCUGGAGUAAGGCUCAGGGGAGGAAAUAGCCAAUUUACUGCUGUCAUACCCUCUCACUUUUUUGUUAUCCUUAGGACGUGUGUGUUUAAUGCUCCGUCCCCAUCAUGUGCUUUAGAUGUUGUGAGAGAGAGACGUGGAGAAAGGGACGGACACAGGAGGCUGCAGAGCCUGCUGGCUGCUGUGAUCAUUGAGCAGCACAUUGAGCGCUUCUCUCUGCCUGAAAUAGUUUUUGCUGAUGUUAAUGAUUUUUUUUUCUCCUAUGGCUCAUUUUCUUGUGAAAUUACACAGCAUAAGGGAUGUAGGUAAAGUCAAGUCAAGUUUUUGUAGAGGAAAGAUGUUUUAUUGUGGUUAUACUUUAAAAACACUCAUUGUACAUAAUGUAAUAAUUGCUGUGAUUCAGUCAUGACUUCAAACAGCAGACAUCCACUGACCUCACCGCCCUCAAACACAUCAAAUCUGAAAAUUUCAAGACAUAUUGCACAAAAAUCAUCCUUAUCACUUGAGGAGGCAGUAUAGUCCACUACCCUACACUGCUAGACUUGUUUACGUGAUGGUUUGUUGACAUGAAUCUUUGAUGGACGCUCAGUAUAAAAGCAGAGGUGCACUGGAAGCUAAUGAACUAUGCUUCAGAGAGCGCAGGUCCAUCACGACUUCAGACUUGGGUUUGAUUUUUAGAAGUCAAAGUCGGACUUAAGUGGAUGUUGUAAGGUUAGCAGACCUGUAGUGACUGUUGCCCACCUCAGGGCAGAAUGACAUCAUGCAGGUUUUUGACCACUUUCUUGUAGAGAGUUUGGCUACAGGAAGCAAUGAAGUGAUUUAGGGAAAGGCCUGUUAACAAAGCCCUGAAGUCUGACCGCAAACUUAGAAGUUACAAAAAAUUAACAUAUUUGGGCAAAAUCUUUACAAAAUCUGUUGACAUCUGAAUAUAAGAAGAGUCCCACGCUGCAGAAGAGACAUGUUGAUAAAUGGAAACAUUAUCCUGUGACAAGUGUCAGUAAUUGCAUCCAGUGGGCUCUGGCCUUAAUGACUGAAUGUGAGUCUACGUGUAUUUUCACAUUUCAGUGUUUGUUUAUAUUUGUAAACUAUGUAAAGUAAACAUUUACAUUAAACAUGGCUUGUAUUUUUUGACGAGUUUCAAAGAAAAAAAAAAAGCUUAAUCUCCAUUCAUUCUUUUAAGAUGUGAAUUUGAAUCAAAUUAGUUUUUAGUUCAUAUCUUGAAAAUCCAUUUAGGAGAUGAUGUACUGUUUCAUAUGCUAACUUUCUUUUAAGGACAUACCAAACAUGCCAAGUAAUUCUGACUGUGAUGUGUAACAACUGUGUAAUUUUGUGACAUAGCAGAACAGUGUGCCAAUUUGUUGAAAGAAGAAUAAAAGUCACAUUGGAAAUUUU